AUGGCCUGUCCUUAUAACCCCGCACAUACUCAGGGGACAAACACCUGCACAGACGCUGCAGUCAGCCGACUGCCGAACCUUCUCGCUCCCCGAGCUUUGUACAGAGUACGGAGUACAUCUACGACAAUACACAGAUACAAAACCAUGUCCGCAGGAAACGAACGCUUCAACGACGAAGCCGCAGACUGGGACAAGAACCCCUCUGUGCAGGAAUCCUCGCGGCUCGCCUUCAACGCACUCUCCCCGCUCAUCACCUCCCUCUCCGCACAGAAACAAAUAGCGACAGGGACAAAGACGGGCCUCCAUGUCCUUGAAGUCGGCUGCGGCACAGGCCUGCUGACCCUGCGCGUCGCACCGCUCGUCGCCUCAAUCGUCGCCAUCGACCCGGCUCAGGGUAUGAUCGAGACACUAAAGGCAAAGAUCGAGACACCUUCCUCAUCAUCUACAUCCACAUGUGAAAGCGACAAUCGCGAAGCCGACGGCCCGCGGACACAGAAACCCAACAGCAACAUCCUCCCCAUCUGCCACCUCCUCAACGACCCUGAAGACCCGAUUCUACCACCCGAGGACGAGGCUCCGAAUUCAACGGUUCGCCGUCGGAAAUUCGACCUCAUAAUCUCCCACCUCGUCAUGCACCACGUCCCCGACCUCCGGUCCUUUCUCUCAACAUUACACGGGUGCCUUGCGCCCGGCGGGAAAGUAGCACUCACGGAUUUCGAGGAUUUCGGACCGGAGGCGAUCAAGUUCCAUCCGCCAUCGAAGCUCGAGGGGGUGGAGAGGCAUGGGAUUCAACGGGAGUCGAUGGAAGGGCUUAUGGGGGAGGUUGGGUUUGACGAUGUGCGGGUUCAGGUUCGCUGGAGUUUGAGAAAGUCGGUUGAGAAGUGGGAGGGGUGUAGACCUGGGGAGACGAUGGACUUUCCAUUUUUACUGUGCGAGGGGUUGAGGCCUGUAGCUUGA